CUUCCGGGCGCACGGGCAGACAGAAAAUAGAGAGAGACAGCCCUAUACUGUAAUAUCAAGGGCACUGCGUGUAUGCCGUAAGUAGGCUAAGGGAAGACAACCGCGUUGACCAUUUUAUGAUGGCUGGUUUGACUUGUAUCCUGGUUCUCUUUAUUACCAUUUGCCAUGGCUUAGGUGAAACUCGCGUUGUUAAUGGACCAGCCACCAGGACGGACAUCACACUGGCGUCUACGUCGAACAACAUCUGCACGGACUGCCUCCAGAUCGUAGAGCUGUUCAAAGACAUGCUUUCUCAUGAAGACACUCAGGACCACAUCUACGUAACUUUGAAGAUCUUCUGCGGACGUCUACCAGGGUAUGACAAAAUAAAUAUGUGUGAAUCCCUGCUGCAAGAGCAGCUUCCUAAAGCCUACAAGUACCUGACCAACAUGGUGGCGGGUGACGCUUGUAUGGGCCUGGGGAUGUGUGCUCUUCAAGCGAUGACAGGAGUGUCAGUGAUGCUUCCGGACAAGGAUGAUUCCAGUCUCAUGCCAGAGGCUAGCGCCAGCCUGCAGGUGCAGAUCGGCCCCCAGUGCACCUUCUGUGUCCUGCUCAUUAAGAAGCUGGAGAACAUGCUACCAAAAGAGAGGACUGAGGAUGCCGUAGUCCAGUUGAUGGGGGAGGUGUGUGAUCUACUACCCGCCAGCUACAAAGACCAGUGCGAUAGCUUCGUCGACAAGUACGGCAAGAAACUGAUAGACUUCCUGUUGUCGUCCGCCGCCCCCCACUCCAUCUGCGUCCUGCUGCACCUGUGCUUGAUCAAGGAGGCCCCCGUCCCAGAGAUGCCCCUGCCCUCUGACUGCGAGUCCUGCCGCACUCUGGCGGCGUUGGGGCGGCUGCGCCUGAGCGUUAACGCCUCGGCGAGCCACACCUCCUCCUUCUUGCGGUCCGUCUGCCUGCAGCACCCUGGAGCUAUCCCCAAGUGUGAGGUUUUCACCCGGCUGCACUGGUCCAGCCUGCAGAAGGUUCUGGGAAGCCAAAAGAAUGAGUGCCAGAGGAUGGGUCUGUGUGAGUCUGUGGGGCCAGAGAGGCCCUUUGGAGAGGACUCCUGCUCCUGGGGCCCCACGUACCGCUGCAGAGACAUGAAGACAGCUGAGCAGUGUGGCAGUGUAACAUUCUGCCAGACAUUCAUCUGGAAGUGAAUGGAAAACCAAACUGCGACAUGUCGAAGCUGUUUGAGGAAGUCCUAACUGAAAACAAGUUGUGUAAGAUUUUGUUGCGGUUGAAUGUUUAUGAAAUGAUAUGCGCUAUUGUCUUAUGCUCUUCCUUUUGCGGAAGAAACUCAUCGAUAUUGCACUGAUGUUUGUGUUGCUGGCUUCUUAUUUUCACUGUGAUUGAUGUAUUUUAACUGAAUUUUUAAGCGCAUGCUAUGCAAUCAACAUUAACCAGUAUUAUAUCCUAUAUCCUUCUAACUUUUAAAGCUGGUCUCUUGAAAGAGUUAAAACAUUUCACGGUCCAUAUCUUUUCACCAAAAUGUUUAUUUCUUACAAAGCAGCUCACUAUGCAACACAAGUCACUUGGACCUGAUCAUUGCUUGAUACACCAUUGAAAAAUCAGUAUUUUCUACAUUAUAAUGUCCACUUCAACCCACAAGAGGGAAUUUGGACUCCUUCAGCAUCCCAGGCAGGUUGCUGUCAACUUUGAAAAUAUUGGCACUUGAAAAACACCUGGAGAUAGGUCCUGUCAGGCCCCUGUGGAGUGGUGAGUCAAGCGGUCACCAAUGAUGAUGAGUCAGAUGGUUGAGCGGUGAGGGAGUCGGGCUAGUAAUCAGAAGGUUGCCGGAUCGAUUCCCCGCCGUGCAACAUGAUGUUGUGUCCUUGGGCAAGGCACUUCACCCUACUUGCCUUGGGGGGAAUGUCCCUGUACUUACUGUAAGUCGCUCUGGAUAAGAGCGUCUGCUAAAUGACUAAAUGUAAAUGUGAGUCAGGUGGCGAAGUCACUGGCGGGCCCCGGAGUUGCAAAGUGUUUGGUUUAAAACCCCCACCACCCACAGUUGACUGGUGUGACAUACUUUUAUUUUCAAAAACCAAUAACAAAACCUCAAAGCUCAUCAACUAGUUACACAUGAAUAUACUUUUAAAGCAGGUUUAUUUGACCAUUUCAAGUUACAUUUAAAAAGUAGAGUGACAAUCAAAUCCAAAAAGGAAAAAAAAUACAUGUUUACAUGUUUCUUGGAAUCACAAAUAAAAUGUUGUGGUUGUCUUGG